GUAUUUCUUAUUCUUGAUGUUUUGGGUUCUCAUAAAGUGAUUUGCAUUUCAAAUUUGAGUUUGUCUAUUAGUUUGAGAGUUUUAAAACUUGUUUAAUUUAUAUCAGAAAAUUGUAGAACUUGUUUACGUUUCAUUAAUUACUGUAACUUUACCAUUGACAUUUAUUGGAACAGUCGAGUUUUCCACUUUUUCCCCACAAUGUUGAACCACAAUCCACUUGCUAUAUUUAUUUCAUUGUUUAAACAUGGCAGGGUUGAAAAACUGGGUUACAAAAUCCCGAAAUUUGACUUCCGAGUGCCCGGAGUGAUCUCCAUGUCGGCGGAUGUUCAUAAAUACGGCUAUAGUGUGAAGGGCGCCAGUGUGAUCCUGUACCGCAAUGCGGACAUACGGAAACACCAGAUAUAUGCGUACUCGGAGUGGCCCGGCGGUCUGUACGGGUCUCCCAGCAUGGCGGGAACCAGGCCAGGCGGCAACAUUGCAUCGGCAUGGGCGGCUAUGAAAGCACUUGGUGAAAGCGGGUACAUGGCCAAAGCACGCGAAAUCAUGGACAUCACGGACAAAAUGAAAGCGAGAAUUACUAGUAUUAGGGGCCUGUGUUUGAUGGGAGAACCAUGCAUGUCGGCGUUUGCAAUUGGUUCCAGUGAUUCCAACCUUAACAUUCAGGCUGUGGCCGAUGUCAUGGAAACCAAAGAUAGAAUAAAAGACCCUGAACUGAAUUGAUGAACUACCAACCAUGAGCCAUCUGCAGACAGUGUCAUCCACUUGUCCGAGUGUUGGGUAGAGAAGAGGAAAUCAUUAGUAAUAGUAUUACGGUUAACUGUCCAUGUAAAGUAAAUGUUACCAGUGACACUCCAACACUCAAUGUUCAAAAUGGGGCACACAUUUAGCAAAAUAAUAUCAAGGUUUAUCUGCCAUUGAUAUAUAUGUUCACUUUGUGACAAUAAACAAGAAUACUUGACUAUGACCAAAUAUCUAUUUCCAUUUUUUAUAGAAAUUGUCCUCAACAAUAGGGUCAAUAAACAAUGAAAUUUACAACAUGAAAAUGGGCCAUAAUUAUGAGAACAGGUUAUAAAACUAAAACUUUAACCCAUUCUCCCAAGUGUGUUCUUAUCUUUAUGAGCCCAGCUCAAGUUUUAGGGCCCAUGGCUACUGGACUCUCGCUAAUUCAUAGCCCUAAUGAUUCAAUUUAGGCUUAUUUGCCCUUGAGAACUGAGAUGCAUUUUUAAUUGGUAAACAUGAAUACCUAAGUUGAACCAAAUGUCUUUGACAGUCUCUGAGAAAUGGACCAUAAAAAAUGAUCAUCUUGAUAGUACAACUAUUCAUGGUUUUAUUUGGGACAGGUGACAAGUUGAGCAGACCACCGUGUCGUCAUCAUUUUAGCACAUUUUUUAAAAUUAUACCCAAAUUAUGUAUUUCAAUGGGUGAAUAAACAGUAAACGGUAGAUAAAUUGUGAAAACUGUUGUUUAUGUCUAAAUCUUAGGAUAAUUGUGGGAAAGAAUACUUCUAUUAGCAUUAACUUGACAAUUGAAUAACCAGAAAAAUUUAAUAGAAAUAUAUUACAGAACAUGUAAAAACAAGUGCUGUUUGUAAAACACGCAUGCUCUCCAAAUGGGCAGUUCAUUGUAGUGGCAGCCAGGCCAUUGUGACCUUUAACUUUGACCUAGUGACCUUAAAAUCAAUACCGGUCAUCUGCCAGUCAUGAUCAAUGUACCAAUGAAGUUUCAUGAUCAAGGCCUAAGCAUUCUUGAGUUAUCAUCCCGAACCACUGUGACCUUGACCUAGUGACCUGAAAACAAUAGGGGUCCUCUGCCAGAUGGACCGACAAACCGACCAACAAACAGACCGACUGACAUGUGCAAAACAAUAUUCCCCCUCUUCUCCGAAGGGGUGCAUAAAAAUAUUUAUUACAUAUAAAUCAGGAUAACUCACUUUUGAUCAAGUGUCAAUGUAUGUCAACUUAUAUCUGAUCAACUGUCACUGGUGUCUCAAACAGGGUCUUUAUGAGGUUAUUUGGUACUUGAAGCCUGGACAUUUGUGUCUAUGCCUAAUAACUAAAACUGCAUAUUCAGGUUUAAAAACAUUGAAAUAUUAGGCAAAUUAAUGGGGUUGGCAUAAGAAGAUGUGUGUUCACUCAAAGUGGUCUUAAACCAGUUUUUGUGAAUUAUUCUAAACUCUGUAAGUCAAGAAAUAGUUAUCAUUUAUAAAAAAGAUCCAUUCAUUAAGUGUUCAAGAAUAUUAUUAGAAAUAUAUGCACUUACGCUCUGUCAGUUGACGCCUCAAUUCUGAGUUUUCCGUUUCCAGUUUGGAACAUUUGUCCUUCAUCAUUUGAAGCUCAUCAACUACCUUGCUGUACUUCUCCUAGAAGUACAAGUUAAUAUAUUGAUCUAUGAGCAGACCCUUUUUCUGCCGAUUUUAAUAGUAGUUUCAUGUUCCCCCCAAAAAAAAAAUUCUGAAUUUUUUUUUUUUUUGCCAUGCAAAAAAACUUUUUUUAUUCUCACAAGGAAAACUGAAGCACAACUUCCCAAUUUCACAGGUAAUGUUCUCAAAAUGCUUUUUCAGGCUAUUUAAAAGAUCAAAUACUUUUUCAUUUUAACAUCAUUUACCUGAUUUCCAAUCAAACACAAGGCCUUUCUUAAUACUUGCAUUAUUUAUUUAUUUAAUUGCUCAUGUUUCUGUUACACAAAAAAGGAAAUUAAUUAACUUACAAGGAGUCCCUCAGAAGUGUUUGAACAUUCCUCAUUGGCAUCAUCUUCCAGGUCAGUUUGCUUUCUUUUUUUUGUAAGUGGUCUGGAUCCCAAAAAUUCCUUUCUAAAAAAUAUUCAAAAAUUAACUUCAAAUAUAUACAACACCAACAUGUUUUACAUUGUCUGUGGCUUCAGGGCUUUUUUUCUUUCUUUGGGACCCACGGUAAAAUGGCCCUUUCCCCUCGGAUUUUUUUCCCCUCAGCAGGCAAAUUUUCCCCCAGACUUGAUUUUUUCCCUUAAAUUUUUAUUUUUUUUAAACUUUAAAUUCAUAAGUUAACCUGA